AUGCAGCAAGAGAAGCAUGCACCGAACUCGCCAUGGCGACAUCGACAGUUUCCACCUGAUGCUUCUUCCGAAUUACCUUGGGACGAUCAGUUUCGGCAGUCGGUGCCCCCGCACGAUCGGUGGAAGAGCCGAGUCGACUUCAAUGCCUUCAUCAACUCAAUGGACGACGAGUCUUUUGGAUAUCUGUGUCUCGUACGCGAGUAUGCGACUCGCGCUCUACAGGGUAAAGCGGCAGAAUACAGUGGGCUAUACAAGGCCAUUGUGUCUCAAACGGCUCGGGAGGAAGACAUGUCUCGUAUGUCGGUCAUCGAAUUCGAGGCUGACGGACUACGCUCGAGGACUUUUCUGACAUUUGAUGACUUUUUGAUCUAUAUGCAUAAGUCUUUCGAAGAAGGAGAGACGUCUGCGAGGCGCUUGUUCGUAUUGGAAGACAUGCCUGUACGGUAUAUUUGUCUUCUGGGGUCAAGACUACGUAUCCAUCCUACGGUUUUUGCACGCCAUUAUAGCACCGAGGAAAGUAGCACCAUAUCAGACAACAUCGUUGGCCUUCCUUCUGUCGUCCAAACUAGUACAGAGAACGGCCUAGACUAUGAGAGCGAUGACGAACAGCUUCAUAAGCCAUAUAAGAGACGAAGUUUUACGCUUAGGUAUCCCAUCGUUAUGCCACGAGUAUCUGCAAAGCAAGAUCCCGACCCCGUCAAAUGUCCACCAUGGCUAAAGCCUAACGACAGACUCAGAGAUCAAAGCGCCAAUCCACGGUUCAUAGUGGAGAGAAGUCUGGAAACACCGACUAGCUAUGAUCCAUGGGAUACGAGAGGCGAAAUCUCUGAAUUAGAAGGUCAGGCCACGUACUGGUACCGUGAGCUUCCAGAAUGGGGCUGGGAAGGUCAGUUUAAUCUUGAGCUUCGUUCUUUGCUCGGUAUGCUUAUGGUUGAUUAUGUAGGUCUUCUACUGGUGGAUCCAUGCCUUAAAGACCCAUCGCAUCUAGCUGUUAUCCAGGGCAGCCCAUACACGAAUAUAAGUCGAAUAAUCCGGUACCCAGAGCUAGAGGAUGAUGAAAAAGCCGACAUAACUCCUAACCCACUACAGUGGCAUCCCAGUGCCGCCUUCACGAAGUAUAUCCUGCACGACGAUGUCAUGAUUCAUUUUUCCGUCGCCAACGCUGGCCCAGGAGGGAAUCCACUCUCCGUGACUCCAUUUAUUCGUGGCUUCGUGAUUAGCAAAUGGACUGCGCAGCUGAACCACAUCCGCAGAAGCUAUGGUCAUACGCGUGCAGCGCUCUUUUCCAAAGUACCAUCGUGUCAUCGCGUAGGUACAGGCAUUUCGGUCAGACACACGGUGCUAUGGGGAGCAGACUGGAAAGAAUGGAUGUUUGAAACAAUGACGCGGUUUACGACGGACCUUUACCUAUACCGUUUGGAGGUUGAGACCAACAUGCGUGCACUCGGUAUUGAUGUCGACGAUCUACAAAGUUAUGGAUUCGUCGGUAAACGCGAGGCACAAAUGUGGCGGUUUCUGCGUUCUACUUGUCUUGAUUUGCAGGAUAUGUUCCAACAAUUGACCAACUCAUAUACACAGGUUAUUGCGCUGAGGGAGGCGCAGGCGAGUAAUGCGCAAGCAAGCUCGAUUCGCUGGCUUACUGUACUGGGAACCCUCUUUGUUCCUAUAUCAAUCGUUGCAGGAAUCCUGUCAAUGGGAGGCGAGUUCUUGCCGGGAGAAAAGAAGUUCUGGGUGUUCUUCGCUGUGGUGUGCCCUGUGUUGUUGGUCAUUGGCGCCAUUCUUGUUGGGACACUAGGGCGGCGCGCGGUGUCAAAUUGGCUAUGUGCUCACGGCUUCAUGACUUGA